AUGAGGUCACUGGCAGCGUUUUCGGGUAAUGUGAGCCGGAGUAGACGACAGCAACUUCAAUUCAUUCAUGCAGUUUCUCAAACGCAUAGUGUGAGUUGAUUUUCUUUCUUUAUUCUUCUCUUUAGAGAUUGGCGGCGCUCCAGACUAUUCGAGAUUACAGUCAACAGCAGCCUCAGAAGAGUGGAAACUUCUUCUCGAAUCUGAUUAAUAAUAUUACCGAGGAAUUGGAGAGAAACAAGGAACUUCAGGUAUAUCUUAUAUGCCAUCAUGAAACUGAUCAUUUAGAAAAAUAAGCAAGAGUUAGAAGAACGAUUGAAGAAAGUAUCGAACACUGAAGCCAUAAAAGAGGCCCGGAAGAAGUUUGUGAGUUCUAGUUUGUUCUUUGGUGUUGCCUAUUUAGAGAAGAAGUUUGUGCAUCAUGUUGUUUUAGGAGAAAGUGACCGAAGAAAGUAUGCAAAGCAAUGCUAUUGUAACUGUCAAGCUAAAAGAGUUCAAGGAUCAUGUUGAUAAAAUGGUAGCGGAGAUAAAGAGUUCAGAAGCCGGGAAAGAAGCCAUUAAACAGGCUAAAAUUGCCGUUGAAAAACUAGAACAGGCUGCUCAAACCGUGGGGAAUACACAGACAUACAAACAAGUGGCAUCUACAGCCAAGGUAGUAAGAGAUGAAUUGGAUGGUUUGGCCGAUGUUAGGAUGUACUCUAGACCUGGUGAGCUUACUUUUCUAUAUUAUAUUCGAUUUUAGAGCAACUCAAAAUGAGAACUGAUGCAUUUAGCACAAGCGCGUUUUCCAAUCGAACAGUCGAAGCUAAUACGUAUGUUUUGACAUAGUUUAUUAAGUGCGCCGUUAAUUUAUCAUAAAAAUUUUUAUUGUUUUAGUGAGGCAACUGGUGUCGAGUUACAUAAAGAGUCCAAGUGGUAUGCAGGAUGGAAGAAUUUCUCCGAUAACAACGCUUAUUUUAAUAGUAAGUGUACUAAGCGUCUAUUUCAAAAAGUUCAUUUCUUUUUCACCCGAUUUUGCUUCAGAAGUCCUUGAUUGGAAGACCAAGUACGACGAAAGUGAGAAUCCCUUCGUCCGGAUAGUCAGAGGGGUCACCGAACGAGUAGGCCAUGUGUUCACCGCUCAAAGUGAAGUCUCUGAAGUCCUUACCGAGAUCGCCAAGAUCGAUCCCAGCUUCGACAAACACGAAUGGCUUCGGUUUUGUGAGAAAGAAGUGGUCCCCAAUAUUUUGGAAGCCUUCAUUAGAGGAGAUUUGAAGGUUCUGGAAGACUGGUGCCAUGAAAGAGCCUUUAAUAUGAUGGCUACAAUGAUCAAAGACAUGAAGAAGGUCGGUUACACUACUGCUGACAGUAGAGUCAUCGAUAUUAGCAAGAUGGAGGUAAGCGGCAUGAAGAAUAUGAAAAAGGAUUGCAGAUGGUAUCCGGGAAGAUGAUGGAUCAGGGGCCGGUAUUGGUGAUCACUUUCCAGGUCUUUAUGAUUCAUGUCGUCAAAAAUGCGGCUGGCAAAGUCAUCGAAGGGGAUCCGGUAAGUGUAAUGUAAAUGGGUCAUGUCUAAAGUAAUAUUAUUUUGAGUAUUGAUGACAUUUUCUUGUAGAACACUCCCGUCCGAGUCCAUCACGUAUGGGUUAUGUGCCGUGAUAUGCAGGAAUACAAUCCCGCCGUCGCCUGGAAACUCCUCGAAUUGCAUUACCAAGAAGGCGCGCUCUCUCUCUAG